AGUCGUGCGAGAGCCGUGGUUCAGGAAGGAGAUCGUUUUGUCGUUUGUUCACGGAACACGAAGCGUCAGUUAGGUGACUUGCAGCACGUUGAUACCGGUCGCCCUCCCGGCGAUGGUUGGUGAUUGGUGAAUGAAAAUUGUGUUGUGUUUUAUCAACUAGUUGCCCGUGUUGCUAUUAUGGUGAAAUGACUAUGGUAGUUGCCGGACAAGGAGGAGACAGAAUGCAUCUGUUUGUCUUGGUUGUUUUUGUUGUGUGGGGUGCGAGGGCCGAGUUGACGAGAAUCGGGGGUCACCCGAUCAUCGCCGAGGGAGCCUCGGGGGGGCCCCACGAACUGUCCAAGUGUCCAUGGGCCUGUGCCUGCAUCGGACUCACUGUCGACUGCUCCAAGCGGGGACUCACCCAGGUGCCCAGGAACUUGCCCAUUGAUGCCGAGAGAGUGGACCUACAGGGCAAUAACCUGACGGUCAUCUUCGAACAUGACUUCGAGGGGAUGGCUAAUCUACGAAUUCUACAUCUGAUGGACAAUCAACUGCACACUAUAGAGCGCGGAUCGUUCCAGUACAUGAAGGCAAUGGAGAGGCUAAAACUAAACAACAACCAUCUGAGGCAUCUCCCUGAUCUUCUGUUUGGAAACAUGCCGCAUCUGAUAAGACUAGAUUUGAGUCACAAUAAGCUGCAAAUGAUUGGUCGCAAGACGCUCAGGGGGAUACCAGCUCUCAAGACAUUGCAACUUGACAACAACCACUUGACGUGUUUGGAUGAAAUGGCCAUCAAAAGUCUGAAAGAUCUCGAAGUUCUAACGUUGAAUAACAACAACCUGACAACGCUGGCGGAGGACUUGUUCGCGGACGCAUACCGACUGCGCACACUGCGUCUGUCUGAGAACAACCUGAUCUGCGACUGCCACCUGGGUUGGCUGGCUCGCUGGCUGAGACGCAACCCGCGCCUCGCCCUCUACACCCGCUGCUUCUCGCCCAACCAACUCAAGGGCCAGAAUGUCGCCGACCUACAUGAGCAGGAGUUCAAGUGCUCUGGAUUGGCAGAGAGGCCAAGCGGAGAGUGCCGCGCCGAGCCGCAGUGCCCGCACCCGUGCCGCUGUGCUGAUGGCAUCGUCGACUGUCGUGAGAAGGCACUCACCAGGGUGCCUGACCACCUCCCCGAAACAACUACCGAAUUGCGUUUGGAGCAAAAUGAGAUUACAGAGCUGCCUGCCAAAGCAUUUGCGUCCUACAAAAGAUUGAGAAGGAUAGACUUGAGCAAGAACCAAAUUUCGAAAGUAGCGGUGGAUGCUUUUCUAGGCCUGAAGUCUCUCACGUCACUACUUCUCAAUGAUAACGAGAUCGGACGAAUCAAGUCUGAUGGAUUGUUCGGACGACUGCCGAAUCUGCAGAAGUUGGACUUGAGGAGAAAUCACGUGACUGGAAUCGAGGAAAACUCUUUCGAAGGCUGUUCCAAACUAACAGAGCUUCUGUUAGCUGAAAACAAAAUGAGAGAAGUGCAUAAUAAAAUGUUCACUGGAUUGCACAACUUGAAGACCCUGAACCUCUACGGUAACCAGAUAACCUGUGUGAUGCCUGGAUCAUUCGACUCCAUGUCUACGUUACGGACAUUAAACCUGCUGUCGAACCCGUUCAUGUGCAACUGCCACCUGGCGUGGUUUGCGGAGUGGCUUCGCGGCCACGAAGCGACAAUCGCCGGUGGAGGCGGCCCGAAGUGCGCAGGCCCGGCCCGAGUCAAGGACGCCGCCAUCCACGAACUGCCACACCACGAGCUGCAGUGCACCAAUGACAACGACCAGGGCUGUCUGGGCGACAACUACUGUCCGCCACUGUGUGUCUGCACCGGCACUGUCGUCCGCUGCUCCCGCGCCAAGCUAACCGAGAUACCGCGUGGCAUUCCGCCCGAAACGUCCGAGCUCUACCUCGACUUCAACGAGAUACACAAGAUUCACGUCGACCGCAUCAAUCACCUCAAGUCGUUGACUAGAUUAGAUUUGAGCAACAACCAAAUUAAGAUUCUUUCGAACUUCACCUUUGUCAGUCUAUCGAAACUUUCCACUCUAAUUAUAAGCUACAAUAAACUGCAAUGCAUUGAAAGAGAUGCACUUGCUGGAUUGAAGAUGCUCAGAAUAAUAUCACUGCAUGGAAAUGACAUCUCUAUGAUUCCUGAUGGAGCAUUUUCUGAUCUUCAUGCCAUUACUCAUUUAGCGUUGGGCGCGAAUCCACUGUACUGCGACUGCAGCCUUCGCUGGCUGGCCGAGUGGGUGAAGCGCGACUUUGUUGAGCCAGGCAUUGCCAGCUGUGCCGAGCCCCCCACCAUGAAGGACAAACUCCUGCUUUCGGCGCCUGUUUCUUCCUUCCAGUGCAAAGGUUCGGUGAGCUAUGAGAUCCUGUCCAAGUGCGACGCAUGCUUCACAUUCCCAUGCUCGAACCAGGGCCAGUGCGAGCCACAGGCCGACCGGCAGUACAAGUGCCGCUGCAACCCUGGCUACCACGGACCUCACUGCGAGCACAUGAUCGACGCCUGCUACGGCAAUCCCUGUCGCAACGCCGGCACAUGCAAGCUGCUCGAGGAAGGCCGGUUCAGUUGUCAUUGUGCUCCUGGCUUCACCGGAAUCAGAUGUGAGAGUAAUGUUGACGAUUGCCUUGAGAACAAAUGUGAGAAUAACGCCACCUGCAUCGAUCUGGUGCAAGCCUACAAAUGCCAGUGUCCACCAGGAUUUAUGGGUGAAUACUGCGAGACCAAGAUACCGUUCUGCACCAAAGAAUUCAAUCCGUGUAAGAAUGGAGCGCGCUGCAGCGACCAUUUCACGCACUACACGUGCGAAUGCGCCGUUGGCUUCUCAGGCGACAACUGCACUGUCAACAUUGAUGACUGCCAGAACCAUAUGUGCCAAAACGGUGCCAUGUGUGUUGAUGGAGUGAACGAUUAUGCGUGCAAAUGCACUGGUGACUAUGUGGGCAAAUUCUGUGAAAUUGCACCCAUGGUAGCCAUGCUCUAUCCCCAGACUUCGCCUUGCCAGCAUCACGACUGCAAAAAUGGCAUCUGUUUUCAACCAAUGGGAUCGAAUGACUAUAUCUGCAAGUGUGCUCCUGGGUAUUCAGGUAAGAGAUGUGAAUAUCUAACGAGCCUGAGCUUCGUUCAUAACACAUCUUUUGUUGAGCUGGAGCCGCUGCGAACCAAGCCGGAAGCGAAUGUGACCAUUGUGUUCUCAACCAGCCAGGAGAACGGUGUGCUGCUCUACGACGGCCAGUCCGAACAUUUCGCUGUCGAACUCUUCAACGGACGAAUAAGAGUCAGCUAUGACAUCGGAAAUCAUCCAGUAUCCACCAUGUACAGCUUUGAGAUGGUGUCUGAUGGUAAGUACCACAUGGUGGAGCUACUUGCCAUAAAGAAGAACUUCACGAUGCGAGUGAAUAGAGGGCUAGCACGCUCAAUCAUCAAUGAAGGAUCUCAGGAGUUUCUGAAACUGACAACGCCGCUUUUCAUUGGAGGUGUGCCACCUGAGCCAGGCCAGAAUGCCUUCACACAAUGGCAUCUCAGGAAUCUCACCAGCUUCAACGGUUGCAUGCGAGAGCUGUGGGUGAACCACAAGCAGGUGGACUUCACGAACGCGGCCCGCCAGCAGAAGGUGACCCCGGGCUGCUCGCUGCUGCAGGACGAGGAGCAGAUGGUGGAGGAGGAGGGGGGCCGGGUCAAUGACCCCGAGGACGAGGACGACGACGAGGAGGCGGAGGACAGCGACCCCUGUGCCAACAACCAGUGCCGUCAUGGCAGCAAGUGCAUGCCUCGCAAGCCGGGCGAGUAUGUCUGCAAAUGUCCGCCCGGCUGGACUGGCAAGUACUGCGAACAAGGUUGUUGCGCAGACAUGCUUACGCCUGUUGCAGCAGCGCCCAGCUGCCGCAAGGAGCAGACGCGCGAGUACUACUCGGAGAACGGGUGCCGCAGCCGCAAGCCGGUCAAGAUGGCCAAGUGCGAGGGCUCGUGUGGCGCCACCUGUUGCCGGCCACGCAAGUCCAAGCGCCGCAAGGUGCGGCUCAUCUGUAACGACGGCACGCGCUACACCAAGGACGUCGAAAUUGUGCGCAAGUGCGCCUGCACCAAGAAAUGCUACUGACUAUCUGGCCCCUCCCACAUAGCUCUGCCACGCCUACAGCCACGCCCCACGCACAUCGUCAACGCCCACUCACUGCACCAACCACCGCCAAUCACUGCCGCCAGCCGGCUCUUCUCCUUCUUUGUAUAUAUCUCUGUGCUCAGUACUCUAUUUAUUAUCGUCAUGUGGUCACUGUGUGUCUGUCUCUUUCUUCUCUUUCCUUAGGAGUUAGCCUUGGCCUUUAGCGAUGUUGUGCAGCCUGCUAGUGUGUGUCAAUGCACCCAAAUGUCAAUCUCAGUACAGAAUUAUUGUGAAAACAAGGUGAGAUUCCAAAUGUUGGCAUGUGAAUCGCAUAAUGUAGUAAAAGAAUCAAGAAACAAAAAUAUAAGAAAAAACAAAAAAAAAACAGUUUCUACUUGACAGAGCCUUUUUUCUACAAUUAUUAGACUACUUUGCAUAAGAACAGUGUAAAUUGUUGUUUUUAUAUGUUUUUUUUUUGCUGAAGGUGAUCCCCACAUGAGCUCUUGGCUUGUACGUGGGUUAUGAGGCAAAUAAUAAUGAGAGAUGAAUGAACCUAAAGUUUUAGGUGGGUUCCGAACCACCGGAAAGUGAUUUUAUAACUCAUGAAUUAUAUUCAAAGAAGUUGACUCAAGCAGCCACCAUUCCAACGGGAGUUUAUUUCAAUGCCUCUACUAUUUGUAUCUUAUAGUUUUUUUUCGGAUGAUGCCCACAUGAACUCCUAGCUUGUGCGUGGGAAGUAGAAAGUGCGUGAGUGAUUUGAUGAGAUGACCAAACGUCCUUGCCUACCGGCAGGAUUCGUACCCACGACAAGUAGCGCUAGCAGACUGAAAGGUGCAACACACCAGUGGUCUCGGGCCAAUCUGGCAAUUUGAGAUGUCGGACGCUCAGGAAUACGUUCGUAUGAUGUAGCAUAGUUCCAAUUUGACUACAAGAGCUCAUGGGCAGAAAAUUCAGAAUUCAACUAAUUGAGAGCUAAGAAAAUCGUAAGUAAGUAGGUCUAUUCAACAGUAGAAUUUGGAGAUCACCGCAAACACCGAUUGAUAGAGAUAAAAAUAUGACUGAAGAUCUAUUGAGAAGCAUAGUUUGAGUGAAAGACAAAAUUAUCUCGGGAAAGAAGGUUCCUACUGUAGUAAGAGGAAAACAACCUGAAAUUUAAUAUAAAAAAUACAAAAAAAAUGUUUCCUGUUUCUAUAGAUGGACCUUACUUCAAUACCAACAAUUCGAAACAAGAAGGAUGAGUUGAUUUUUAAUCUACCAACAUCCUCUACAGUACAUUUGGAGAUAAUUAAAUAAAAACAGAAUCUUUCAAAGUUUGAAGUUGAUUCCACAAACUAGCUACCUCAAACGAAUUAUAAGAUGUCGGUCGUUAGAGAAAAAUUUAUUCUCGUCAAUCUCUAUUUGAAUCUUGAAACCUCGUCCAAAAAUAAUAAUUGGGAUUAUGAUUAGCCUACAACUAAUAAGUCAGCAAACAGUUGUAUCAAUAUUCUAUUUCAGAAUUCACUCUUUUGAAUUCACCUUCACCUUCACGCUAACUCUGUUCAUUUGUACCUAUGUCAAUUUUCCUAAAUGUUCGACUUUAGUCAAAUAACUGUAAUUUAAAGUGAAGAUGCAGCUUCAAUGUAUACAAAUAGGUCUAUAUAUUAUAAAAUGAUUACCUAUCAUAUUCCAAUUGAAAUUUAAAAAUCUAUCUUUUUCAUCCACUCAGUAAAUUGAGGCCCCUUUUGUAUAUUUUAUUCAAUCUCUUCACUCAAAUGAAGCAGCAGUUGUUCAAGCAAUUAAGAUCGUUUCUUUUCCCUAUUUAUAAAGGAUAUAACUAUUUAAUUCUGCGAAAACAAAUAAUCCAGUCCACCUAAUCCAUAGCACGAAAACUCAUGUCAAAUUUGUAUGAAUGGAACGAAAAUGAUCGAUCAAAUUUAUUUUAUCCAUUCUCAAAAACAAGAAAAUAUUCAGAGAUUGUUCAUACCCUUCCACCAUAAACCAUAACCAUGUUUAAUUAUUAUAAUUUUGGAGAAUAAUAUAUUUGUGAAAAUGGAUGGUUUUUUACAAUAUGAAAUUAUUAGAUACCGUAUGAAAAUCUCACAGAAUUUUAGUUACAUGACGGAUGUUCCCAGUUGAUGCUUAUUCUGUUCAAACAGUUUCUAACAUUGAACUUUACGUAUGGUAUUAAUUUUUAUUAAAACUCAAUUCAAUAGCCUUCAAAAUGAAUAUCCAAAUAUUCUAUCUGACAGAAAAAUAAUGACAUGAUAUUGAAUUACCGAUAUGUGCUCACAAUACUCAAUAGCAGACUGCAACACAUCGUUCUGGCUUAAAUUUAGACCACAAUAAUUUAUAAUUUUUUUUGCAAUUAAUUUGCCCACUAGUCUUUGCUUAUCUAUUUCAUUGUCAUUUAAUUAUUCUAACGAAAUAUUUUAUUUGAAAAUAAAUUUUUAUACAUUUUCUAUUUUUGUAUUUAACAAUUUAUUAUGGUGUAUUUUAAUACUAUUAUCAGCAGUGUUCUUUUGUUGACAACGAGCAGUCAUAGAGUUUUGAGUGAAAGACGUUUUAGUGAAAUGGAAUACCGGAUGCCCAAACGCAGGCCCAGUGAUGGUUUUGGUUUUUGCAAUCAGUAUGAACAUGUGGUGCGUGAGUGAGUAGCCUAUGCCAGCCCAGCAAGCGUGACCAGCGCAGCGCAGAGAAUCGUGUGUACCUACAUUCUAUGGAGGGGCCUCUUGAUUUGUGUAUAAGUAAGGCAACAAUUUUGUCUUCAACUUCAUUUUGUUAAUAAGCCAUUGAAAAGUUGAUUUGAUUUGCCAGUUUCUUUUUUAUUUUGUAAAUAACAUACCUUUUUGAAAUAAACUGGAUACAUGUUUCACUCUCAUAUCUAUAUAUGUUUUAUAUUAUUUCUAUAUUAUGUGAAAUGAUAUUACAUUAAUACUCUUAAGUUCUCUACACCUUUAAACUAAAGGCGAAUUGUACAGUUAGAUUUUAUAUAGUUAUUAAUCCCUCCACCAUUGGGAAAAAUGCAUUUACAUUUUGUUAACAAUUCUAUUAUUACAAUGUUCUAUUAGUAAAAGUGAUGCAAUUCUCAACAUGCUGAACCAUUUUGGAUCAUUGAAAAAAAUUAUAAAAAGGCAUGAUUACCCAUACUUUCCUCUAUGAAAAUAUAUUUCAAUAUAUAUUCUCUGUAGAGCUAUGCAUUGGUGUGAACACCUAUAUAAUUAUUGUUGUGAUAGUAUUCAAGAGAUAAUUUUCAACAAAUAAUUAACUUAUGUCAGGGGAGUAUUCUGUGUGAACUGUAGUAUUGUUCCUGAUCUUAUGAAAUAUAGAAUAUUAUGACGUAUUCGAAAGAAUAUGCACAAUAUUGCUCUGAAUAAUCAAUAGUCUAUAUAGUACGAAAAUGUAUAAUCUGUGAACAGUAAGUUAUUUACAACUUUGUUGUACGAGUAACAAAUCCACUUCAACUCCACAUACAACUUAACUUUUAAUCUAUCUAUUUUAAAUAAUAUUCAACAUUGUAUAAUCAAGUUUCGAAUUUGUCAAAAUCCGAUUACUCUUGUGAUUUACCCGUUUUAUCAGUAAAUUUGUCAAUAAAUUCAUGAACUUGCGAAGCAUUGAUCAUUGAAAAUAUGUAUUGUAUGUACAACAUAGAGCUUACUAGGAGUGUCUUAUUAGUGUCAUACUCAUUAAAUUUCAUUAUUCCAAUAGCUCUGAACAAACUACCUCAUGGAAAGAGAUCAUUUAUUUGAUUGAUUCCGAAAUGAAAUAACUUAAUCCAAGAAAAUCAAUAUCUUACUUGUAAAAUUCUUAACAUUUUCAACAUCAAAGUUUCAAGUAGUAAUUUACUAGACCUACUUUAUAUUCAAAGGAAUUAACAAAACUUGUUAUCUACUCUCAUUUUAUUUGUAUUCUCAGUCAGUAUUACUCAAUAAAGGAUUGAUAAAGUUCAUAAACCACACAAUCAUCACAUCGACUAAUCAAUUCUUGUUCUUUUUUUAAUAAGAAUUUAUAUAUUUUUAAGGUUUCUACUAUCUUUACUUUUAAGUUGUAUUGCAUACAGUAAUUUUCCAACAGCUAACUACAAUUCUACUGUUAAUGAUGAUUAAACAGGCCUCUAUUCGGAGUUUAAUUCUUAAUUCAUUUCAUUAUUCCGUGAAUUUUAAUCUUUUAAUUUAUUUAUUUCUUCACCAUACAAAAAAAAUCAAUGUUUGUAAAGCAAUGUAAAUAGACCACGUUUAAUAUUAUCAUAGUUGGCCUCUACAUGCAUUAAAAUGUAGCUGUAAAACUUCAUAGUAGGCCUAUAUGAAUGUCGUGCAGAAUAAUCAUAAUAAAGUUUUAUUUGUAAUUUUCCUAUUCGCAUGAAAAGGUAGGUUUUCAAUGUAAGUUCGUUAAAUGGUAAAGAAAGAUUAGAAUGUAUCCACUAUGAAAACUUGCAAUUUAAUCAGUUGUUUAUAUUUGUAAUAUGUAUUCAAAAGUGUUUUAUCGCCUAGAGUCUCUAGUAUUUAGAAAAUGUAGCAUAAACUUUGAUUAUUUAUUUUUGAAAAGUGUUUUAAUAAUGUGUUAUGUUUUCAAUGUAAAUAUUUUGGUACAUCUAAAGAUAUUGUCUAGUAGUACGUACUACAGUACUGUAUUCAAAUGAAAUCUUUGUAACAUCAAUAACAUCACUAUUGAAUCAAGUAUUUUAUUAAUAUAUUUCUUACAACUGAGUCUUCUUCAUAAUCAUUAUCAUCAUAUUGAAUAUAUGCCACAUGACAUACAAAUUGAUUAUUUUAAUCUUUGAUAUUGAUAUUAUAUUGGAUAUGAGCAGGACCUCCUACAUACAGUAGUACCUUUAUAGGAAAUCCUGGUGUGAGAAUCUCAUUCUGUGCAAUACACAUUUUUUACCAUCUUUGAUUACUCCAACUGAGCUAUGUAAUAAUUAAAAGCUAUCCAAUAUCGUUAUUAUUGAGAAUAAUCAUCAUAUUGAAUCCCCGAUGAAUAAUCUGCCAUGUUCUUAUAAUAUCACGCCAAGUCGAAUAUUUCAUAAUUACGUGAAGUUUAUCAUGAAUUGAAAGGAAAUGUUUUCAAUAACUGAAAGUCAACUAGAUCCCAGUCUUCAUCCCAUUAUUUGUUGAAUCGAUGUUCCCUACCCAAGCUCCUAAAUACCGGUACUGCAUGCUUUGAAAUUUGAGAAUUUACGAUUCAAUUUUUAAAAUAUUAAUUAUCUUUGACUGAGUGCCCAAUCAAUCCCCUCAUCAGUGCUAUGAAAGAAUUAUAAAUUGAGACUCUCAUUAUUCGGCUAUAGUACUGUACUGGUUCAUGUGGCAUAAUCAUGUUGUUAUCUAUAUAGAGACAGAAACUCAAUUAACCUGUGGAUUUUUUAUUUUGUCUGUUACAAAAUAUUAUAUUCAGAAAGAAUUUAAAAGUUUGUAAAGUAUACACCAGAUGAACAUAAAUAAAAUAAAGGAAUUUUGUAUUGGC